AUAAUAACACAACGACGUCGUUUUUGUUUUAUUUUUAUGUUCGUUUUCAGAUAAAUCCAAAAAAUGCGAAGGGUAAAAUGGUAAUUUAUCCAAAAGCCUGUCAGUUCUUAACCGACCACUCCACCACCGGUGAAAAGACGACAGCUUUUUUCCUUUUCUCUUCGGCGGGAGAAAUUGUGACUAUGGAAGAAGAGUCAGAUAAAACGACAGCUUUAAAGAAUGCUUACGCAGAGAUGAUUCUAAACACAGCGAAAGAAUCAGCGGCUAGGGUUAUCGUUUCCGAGAGAAAAUCAGCUCAGUUUCAUCACGAUCUUCACGGAACUAAAGACGAAGCUCUUCGUUUACUUGUCCGAUUAAAACAAAUGAUUGAUGCUAAGACGAUUGAAGCAGAGAUUACAUCAUCAAACCAGCAACGACAGAUUGAUGUGCUUGAAGCUCAGCUUCAAGAAGCUGAAGAUAUUAUUACUGAUUUAAGGUUAGAGUUGAGAUGGGUUAGAGAUAAAUUGGAGAAAGCUAGGAAGGAUCAAGAAACCAUUUCUGCUCCAGAGGUUGUUGUUGGAAACGUGUAUCAGAGCUCAUUAAAUGAUGAUGAAUGUUGUGGCGAUGAAACCAUUUCUGUUACAGAGGUUGUUGCAAGUGACUCUCUUUUGAAUCAGAGCUCAUUGUAUAGUGAUGAAUGUGGAAAUGACAGAAUGCUGUUUGAUGGGUUGGGUGUUGAAACUUCAAAGGUUUGUGAGUCUGAAUUGGAUGCAAAUAUCGGAAACAAGAAGCUUGAGCUGUCGAGGAAUGGGUGUACACAGAGGAUUCAUGCUUUGGAGAGUAAAGCAUCUGUUUCUGCAAGUGAAGAGGAACGGCGCAUAACUGAAAAGGAAAGUGAAGAAAACUUGAGCUCAGGAAACACAAGAUGUCUUGUUCUUGCUCUUAGAGCCAAGAAUGCAGAGGUGAUACCGUUAAAGCCGUCAAAUUCACUAGGUAUCAAGAAGUCUUGCAAAUUACAAGGAAGGAGAAAGACAAGGUGGAGUAAACGAAUAGCUUCACUAGUUAGGUCUCAAAGUCAGCUUAUUAAACCUUGUCAAUCUCAGUCUGAUAUUCUAUGUUCCAAGAAAUCCUUGGAAAAUUCAGAUGGCGAAGACUCAAUGGAGACACAUCUGUCGGUAGAGAAUGAGGAGGUUGUUUCCCUUAAUACCUGUAAAGGUUUGGAAGAACAUUUGCAGCAUAAUGUUGAUGGUAUAGGUAUCAUCCGUAAAGGGAAAAGAAGCAAAAAUGUGGAACAUUUGGAUGGUUUAAAUCAUACUGAUCAUGUGGUGGAGGCCUGUCAAGAAUCUAAUUUAGUCUCUAUUGAUGUCGAGGAUGGUGAAAAUAAGGCAGAUACACCUAAAAAUGAGACUAAGAUAAAGCCGCAUCCUCGUUUGGAUCCUGUGUUAACUUCAAUUGUGGAUCCAACGUCAGGAUCUAAACAUGCUACUGUCAUCAGUGUGAAUGCAGCAAAUCGAUCAACAGAUAAAGACUUGAAAUCAAGAAAAGAAGACGUGUUGGUAAAAUGUGAAGGUGAAGAAGAUAGUGUGGUUCCAGCUACCAAAAUGAGCUCUGAUCAGUUGGUCAAUCCAUGUUCUGAUUUGAAAGCUACUGCAGUGGUAUCAGAUCAAAUCAGUGAGUCUCCGAGAACUGACGGAAAUCGCCUUGUGAAGUAUACAUUCCAAAGGAAACGAAAAAGGGAUCGUUAAACCAAAACGGAUGGUGCAAGGGAACUAAAGUUUCAUUAUCCAUCUUGACACCUUAUUGUGAUAAAAACCAAUCUUGUUUCUUGCUUUUGAGAUUCCACCUCUAGUGACAUGUUCAUAACCAAUAUGUGAGUUUUGAAAGUGUUCAAAAGCCCAUUAACCUCGAACAGAUCCAUUAAUUUGAUAAAAAUAGUCAUAUUUUUUCUAGA